AAGAAUUUUGGGGUGUCUAAUUAAAAUCACUGCGCCACCAAAAUGGAGCGCUUUGCUUUCAAGAUUGAUGGAGCGAUCAAGGCGAACCUGUACAAGAUCUGUCGCCUGUGCGGCAUCGAUAAUCCGUCCAAGGUGAAGAUUCUGCCAAACGCAAGCGAAAUUAUAGAUCUGGACGAGCCCACACUGGGCCAAAAAGUCUUCGAGGUGGUUGGCUUCAUGGUGGCACCUAAUGACAAAAUGCCACAGACAAUGUGCAGCCUGUGCGUGGAUAAAAUCAAUGAUUUUUACGAGUUUCGAGAAAUGUGCUAUGCAACAAACGAUCAGACCCGCAAAUUGCUUGGCCUCAAGCCUCAAUCGGAGCCACAAAGGCUGAUGGAUGUAAAAUCCAUUUUUAAAACCGAACCGCUUAGCAAACGCGGACGUAAACGAAAAACGGAUGACAAUGUGCAGGGAGCGGCGGCUAGCAGUAGUAGCAACAGCGCCAAGCAAAGCGCAUCGGAAAUCCCAUUAGAUAUGGUGAAAAAUGAGCCUGUCGGCUGGCGAAAAAAGCAGCGUCUGCAGCAGCUAACAGCGAGCAAAACUGAAGUGAAGGAGGAGCCCGCAGAGCUUGAUCCCCGGAUGACGACGGGCAAGAAGGGUCGCAAGGCCAGUUGCAGUGUGUGUGGCGAGCGUUUCGAGAGCAAGGAGCUUGCCGAGGAGCACAAGAGUAUCACUCACGUGCCGAUGGUGAUGCGCUACACAUGCAAUGCCUGCAAUCAGAAUCAUCACAAUCCCAGCGAUAUCAAGGCCCACCAACUGUGGCACAAGCUCUCCAAGACGCCGUAUCAGUGUCCCCGGUGCGAUGUGAGCGUUGCCAACAAUUAUGCGUUCAGUCGUCAUCUGCGUGAGCAUACAGUGGCCACACCACUUGAACUGCUCGUCCUGGAUCGCGAGUGUCCGCUCUGCAGGAAGACGUUUCUCACGAAUUACUUUUACAACACCCAUCCCUGUGCACGACGCACUCGCAAGUGUGGCGGCUGCAGCCGGGUCUUAAGCAGUGAAGUCGCCUAUAUGCGACAUGCACCAUACUGUGCCAAGAUCUACUUGAGUCACUCCAAGCACAUAAUGCCCGAGGCGGCUGACCGUGAGGCCGAGAUGCGGAUCAAGAAUGAAAACGAUCUAGAUGUGGAGCCCACGGCAUAUGGUCAGGAAGGCAGCAUGCAGCCGGUGGUUGUACUAGAGCGCUUGGGAUCACCUCUCUUACGUACCAUAGCCGGUAGCCGGAGCAGUGAUCGUGUCUCAUCGAAAAAGUAUUUGAAACGCGUCGAUCAGCUGCUGAAGAAUACAAUGAACACGCUGGUCAGCAUCAAGCAUGAGCCCGAGGUGCAUAUUGAUGAUACUGGACCGCAGCUGGAGAGUGACCCAGACGAGGAACCAUCUCCAUUUGAUGAUUUCCAUGCAGGCAACGACGAUAGCGAUGAGGAUGCAGCAGAUACAGCAGCAGCCGAUACAACAGCAGAUAUAUCAACGGUAUCCGUGAAACAGGAGCUCAUCGACGAAGGCUACGAGCGGCAACAGAUCAAACAGGAGCCGCUCAAGCUCAAGCUAAAAAUUACCAAUAAUCAUGGACAGCUCAAUUCAUCAAUAGUUGAUGAUGAUGACAACGAUUUUCAGCAGCACCAGCUGUCGCGGAGCGCUAAAAAGAAAAGAAAACGAAAGCACAAGGAGCGCAAUAAGGACGCGGAGGCAGAAACGGCGGAGGAGGAGACGCCGCCAACCGAUGCAACCGAGCGAACCACGGAAGAAAUACAAGUAUCAGCCGAAGCAGUUGGCAGAACCAUUGUAACAGUUAAACAGGAACGCGACGAUGAAAGCUAUGCGGAUAGUUGUGAACCACAAGCCACGGUAAUGACGAGUAUUCCCAUGCUCCAGCUGGACAGCAGUUUUGCUGAGGUGAACCAGGCGACUGUCGAGGCGGAAGAUGUGAAGCCAAAUCGUUUGGAACUCGAUCGUCUGAUGAAAAUCACGCAUAUUGCGAGUGGUGUCGCCAUGGCCGAGGAGGCAACACCGCCGGAGAAAGCUGUGGAAGCGAUACCCAAUGAAAUUCCAGCCAAUCCCAUGCGGAAAAGUGCCACAAAGUCAACAGCGCGUAAGAGCACUGGUGGAGCUGCCGCAGCUGCAACCACAUCAAAACCACCGCCAGCUGAAAAUCAGCUGCCAAAAAUUGUGUCUGUGGAAAGCGGUGCAGCGUUGCCUUUCAAUAUACUGGCUAUUAAGCCGGAGCCACUGAAUCGUGGCUAUGCAGAUGAGCAGGUGGCAUGUACAGAUCAAAGAGAAGCACAUAAAGAGAUCAAUCACAAUGAGAAAAUCGACGAGGAAACCAGAUACAUCAAUAGUCUAGAUCUAAGCAAUGUUAUAAUUAAGCAGGAAAAAGAUUUACACAUCUGCGAUGUGAAUCUCAAUGGCAGCGAAGCUGACAACGUGCUAUACAAUGGAUUGCGCGAGAGUGUGGACGAUGACGACGACCACGAUGAUGAUGAUGAUGGUGGUGAUGAUGAUAGUGCAUCAUCUGCUGAUGAAGCGGACGAAAAUAUGGACACGCUUGAGGAACAGGAGGUGCGCAUAUACCGAGAAAUUGAGCUACCUCUUUUAGAGGAAGAGGAACAGGCACGGAGUCCAGUUAAUCAAUCAACGACAGCGGAGGUGCACAACGAGUCAGUAAUUUUGGUACAGCAAUCUGCACCAGCGCCAAGCGAGUCAAAAAGGACGGGGAAUGUGCAGCUGGGACAACCUCCGCCCUCAAUUGUUGGGCCACCAAAGUCACCAGGUGAACCAGAAGAUAAAUUUACGAAGUUGCAAAGCGAGUCUGAGACAAUGGAGCAGGAAACAACACCUGACGCGUUAGUGGAGCAAUAUUCAGAACAAGAAUCACCAUUGGGCGCGUUAGUGGAACAAAGCGUCUCGAAAGUGGAGCCAACCCAUUUAGAUAAUACGCUGGAAACAGAUGACAAAGUGAAAGAUUCGCAAACCGUUGUAGGGGCUAUGCCCAUAGCAGAAUCGCAAGCGGAGCCACCAGAUGGUCUACAGCCUGACAACAUCCUGGAGUCACAAAGAGAGCCACAAAAUGCGGCAUUAGAGCAAAAUCUGCUACAGACAGAAAGUAAAUCAGGAAAGAAAACAGAGACGAUAACAGAAAAGAAAUUAGAGCCACAGCCAGGGGAGUCUCAGCAGUCACAUUUUGGAUUGGUUAUCACAAACGUUUGCAGUCAAGCAGCGGAUAACCCGUUGUCCACAUCGAGUAAGGAUGCGGAGUUGACUGAAAAGAGUGUGGAGAACAUUGUGAGUGCGCCCAAGGAAGCUGAAACACUGGCGCAGCCAUUCUUUAACAACUCCUCCACAUCGAACGACAAUUGCGAUGAGGAGCAACAGAAUGUGCUGAAUCACGAGCUGUCAUCGGCCAGUGGGCAGCCAGUGGAAGAAGCUGAUGAGCAGCAGUUGGAGACGGAGGAGCAGCAGCUGGAAGUGGAGGCAGGACCCUCAAGCGCAGCCUGCUGCGAGCUGCUCAAUAAUGAAGUAGAUAAGGAAGAGACUGACAACCGAAUCAAUGAGCAGCAGCAAGAGUUGCAACACGUGCAACAACAGCCGCGCUGCCUGGUAAAUGAUUAUGAUUCGAAUAUCAAUGAGAUUGCCGAGAAUAAUAAUAAUGCCAACAUUGAACGGGAGCUCAACGACGAUGCGAAUGUGGUUGCAGCUCAGGAAAACCCAAUAACAUAAGCUACUCUCGAUAUAAGAAAAUCACGGUACUCUAGAGAUUAAAUACUGUUCACUUAUAUAUAUAUAUAUAUAUAUAGUCGCCAUAUCCACCAUCCCCAUAUACAAAAAUUGUACAUAUGCAAUGCAUGUAAUUCAUUUGUAGCUCAAACGAAAUUCGUAUCUGAAUCGCGUAAUACUCCUCGUAUGUUAUGUAAAUAGAAAUAAGCAAUCAACAAAAUCAGAAUAAAAAAGAAUCCUUAUUAAAGAUUAUGAAAUUAUGUUAAGUUAGAUAUACACAACUUUAUUUACGUAAAUUACAUAAAUUAAUGGCUUAUAUAAUACA